GCCUCUCUGGUAGUAUUUCCGGGUGGAAGACCGUGACCUCUGCCCUCGUGACGUUGCUCUCUCCUUUCCGGUGCUGGCUGCCGCCUGCAGAGACGCUCGAAAAUGGCUCCCCGUAAGGGUAAGGAAAAGAAGGAAGAGCAGGUUAUAAGUUUGGGACCACAGGUUGCUGAAGGAGAAAAUGUGUUUGGAGUUUGCCACAUCUUUGCUUCCUUCAACGAUACGUUUGUCCAUGUAACUGACCUGUCUGGCAAGGAAACUAUCUGCCGAGUAACUGGUGGCAUGAAAGUGAAGGCCGACAGGGAUGAGUCUUCUCCUUAUGCUGCUAUGCUGGCUGCUCAAGACGUAGCACAAAGGUGCAAGGAACUGGGAAUCACUGCCCUUCAUAUCAAACUGCGGGCUACAGGUGGAAAUAGAACAAAAACUCCUGGACCUGGAGCUCAGUCAGCUCUUCGGGCUCUGGCUCGGUCUGGCAUGAAGAUUGGGCGCAUUGAGGAUGUUACCCCCAUUCCUUCAGACAGCACUCGCAGAAAGGGCGGUCGCCGUGGUCGUCGUCUGUAAAAUAGGAGCUGUUUUGUUUCAUCAUUAAAGCUUUCCAAUAAAUCUGUGUUCUCAUUUG